AUGCGUCUGCAAAGUAUCGCUGCCAUCUUGGCUGCUGCAGCCACGGCUUCUGCCCAGAGCGUCUCGGGCAAGGCUUACGGUUUCGCUGCUGGUGUUACUGGUGGUGAGGGAGAGGCUGUUACGCCUUCUUCUGCUGAGGAGCUCGCUACACUCCUUGCUGAUGACACUCCUCGUGUUAUCUACCUCGACAAGGAGUUUGACUUUACUGGAGAUGUCAAGACUGGUGCUGGUUGUGAUCGCAAGAGCUGCAGUGCUAGCAACGGCGGUCAGCUUUACCUCGGUGAUCUUUCUUGCGGCGGUGAUGACAAUGUCGCUGUCAGCUCCAUCACCUACGACGCUGCUGGUCCUGAGCCCCUUCCCGUUGGCAGCAACAAGAGUAUCAUCGGUAACGGAAAGGCUGUCCUCAAGGGCAAGGGUCUCUCAAUCAAGAAGGGAUCCAAGAACGUCAUUGUCCAGGGCAUUGAGUUCACCGACAUCAACCCCGGUGUUGUAUGGGGUGGUGAUGCUCUCGAACUCAAGGGUCUCAACGAUGGUGUUUGGAUCGAUCACUGCAAGUUCUCCAAGGUUGGCCGCAUGUUCAUCGUCUCUCACUACGACGGCUCCCGUCUCACCAUCUCAAACUCCGAAUUCGACGGUGUCACCGACACUUCUGCUUCUUGCAACGGCAACCACUACUGGACCAUGAUGUUCUACGGUGAGGGUGAUCAGGUCACUCUCGAUCGCAACCACUUCCACGAUGUGGCUGGCCGAGCUCCCAAGCUUGGUGAGCCUGGUACCAACGGUUACUUCCACGCUACCAACAACUACUUCCAGAAUAUGAAGGGUCAUGCUUUUGAUGCUUACCAAGGAGCCAACGCCAUCAUUGAGGGCAACGUCUUUGAUGGUGUCGAUACUCCUAUCACUAAGGAGGCUGCUUCCGUCAGCACUCUGUUCGUCGCUGAUGAGAGCGGUGCUUCUGCUUGUCAGUCCGCUCUUGGCCGUGCUUGCGUGCCCAACUCUGCUACCAGUAGCGGUGAUCUUCCCUCUCUGAAGGGUGAGAGCGGACUCAACGCUGUCGCUAAGAACAAGGACAACAUCAUCACCCCCGUCUCUGCCAGCGAAGUCACUGCUCUUGUCCUCGGUAGCGUCGGACCCGCCAACGUUGGUUCCGGCUCCAACUCCGGAUCCAACUCCGGAUCUGGCUCUGGCUCUGGCUCUGAAUCCGCCCCAUCUCAGAGCCCCGAGUCUGGCAAUGAGGCUACCGAGACUACUCCCGCUACACCUGAGACUACUCCGGAGAGCACCCCCGAGACUGCUCCUGAGACAACUCCUGAGGCUGUCAACGAGCAAGAGGCCCUUCCCGAUUGCCCCGAGGAGACCGAGAACGAGCCUGUUGCGAAUGCAGAGGUCAAGCCUAUCGCUUCUGACGACUGCGAGGAGGAAACGGACGCUACCCCUGCCAAGACUGAGGAGAAGCCCGUCACUACUGGCGACUGCGACGAUGAGAUUGAGGCUGCAGCUGAUACCUCUUCAGAGACAGAGCAGAAGCCCACUGCGCCUGCGACUCCUUCCAAGCAGGUAUCCUCGUCUAGCGACGAUUGUGAUGAGGAGCCCAAGGCAGAGGUGAAGCCAGUUGCCACCGGAGACUGUGACGAGGAAGAGACCUCUGCGGCUGCCACCGACUCCUCCUCUUCCGCUGGUUCCUCCACCGCUCAGAUGUACGGUCAAUGCGGAGGUAAGAACUGGACUGGUGCUACCACAUGCCCCUCUGGCACUUCUUGCAAGAAGAUGAACGACUACUACUCCCAGUGCAUUGGCUCCAACAGCCGUGUUCGUCGCUAUAUUCAGUAA